AACGAUGUUCCUGGGAUGCUAGCCUACAGCUUGAAGCUCUGUAUGUCUUUGAUGCAGAAUAAACAGUUCCGUAAUAAGGUCUUGAGAGUUCUAGUUAAAAUCUACAUGAAUCUGGAGAAACCAGACUUCAUCAACGUGUGCCAGUGCCUGAUAUUCCUGGAUGACCCACAGGCUGUGAGCGACAUCUUGGAAAAACUGGUGAAGGAAGAUAACCUUCUCAUGGCCUACCAAAUUUGCUUUGAUCUGUAUGAAAGUGCUAGCCAGCAGUUCUUGUCUUCUGUGAUCCAGAAUCUCCGCACGGUUGGCACUCCCAUCGCCUCUGUCCCUGGAUCCACCAACACCGGCACCGUCCCUGGAUCGGAGAAAGACAGUGAUGCUAUGGAAGCAGAAGAGAAACCAGGAAGCACAUGUGCAGGGAAGUCUGCAGAAAUUAACCCAGAGCCUAAGGACCAGAUCUCAAAAAUGAUUAAAAUUUUAAGUGGGGAAAUGGCUAUUGAGUUACAUCUGCAGUUUUUAAUACGAAACAACAAUACAGACCUCAUGAUCCUCAAAAACACAAAGGAUGCAGUGCGGAAUUCCGUGUGUCAUACAGCAACGGUUAUAGCGAACUCCUUUAUGCACUGUGGUACUACCAGUGACCAGUUCCUUAGAGACAAUUUGGAGUGGCUGGCCAGGGCCACUAACUGGGCUAAGUUUACUGCUACGGCCAGCUUGGGUGUUAUCCACAAGGGUCACGAGAAGGAAGCGUUACAGCUCAUGGCAACGUACCUCCCCAAGGACACCUCUCCAGGGUCGGCCUACCAGGAAGGCGGCGGUCUCUAUGCCUUGGGUCUCAUUCAUGCUAACCAUGGUGGGGACAUCAUCGACUACUUGCUGAACCAGCUGAAGAAUGCCAGUAAUGAUAUUGUUCGACAUGGUGGCAGCCUGGGUCUGGGUCUGGCUGCCAUGGGGACAGCACGUCAAGAUGUGUACGAUUUGCUGAAAACAAAUCUAUACCAAGAUGAUGCAGUGACAGGUGAGGCAGCUGGCCUGGCACUGGGAUUGGUUAUGCUGGGAUCUAAAAAUGCUCAGGCUAUUGAGGACAUGGUUGGCUACGCACAAGAAACUCAGCAUGAAAAGAUCUUGCGAGGCCUUGCGGUUGGAAUUGCUCUGGUCAUGUACGGGAGGAUGGAGGAGGCAGAUGCUCUCAUUGAGAGUCUCUGCAGAGAUAAGGAUCCAAUUCUCCGUCGUUCUGGCAUGUACACUGUUGCUAUGGCAUACUGUGGCUCAGGGAACAACAAGGCCAUCAGACGCCUACUGCAUGUGGCUGUGAGUGAUGUGAAUGAUGACGUGAGGCGGGCAGCUGUUGAGUCACUUGGCUUCAUUCUGUUCAGGGGUGGUGACUUUGGUAGAAAUGACCUGAAGAAGGAUGUUGAAUUAGUCUUUGUUUUUUUAAGUAUCCACUGUGAAACUGUGACAGGUUACUGGGCUUACGUUGUGGUCGUGUAA